AACGGGGUGAGCGCAGUUCACAUUCGUGUAAUGACAUUGACCUGAAAGUGCCGGUCUAGCCUACCCGCAAGAUAAAUCAAAUGCACACACUACGACGAAGGGUUUGUUUGUUUUGUUGUAAUGUUAGCCAACCGAAUGAAUAGAUCUUUAGCAGCAAGUGGAAGGAAUACCCUUGUCAACAUGUCCAAGCUUUGAAAGUUACUGUUCCCAGUGUGAGAGAGCGUCCCCAACCACUAACACCCCCAUGUGUAUCAUCUUCUUCAAGUUUGACCCUCGACCUGCAUCCAAAAAUGCCUACAGGCUAAUUUUGGCUGCAAACAGAGAUGAGUUCUACAACAGGCCAACCAAAGCUGCAGACUUUUGGGUGAGCAACAGUGAAAUCCUCAGCGGGCUAGACCUGGAGGAGGGGAAGGAAGGCGGGUCAUGGCUGGGGAUCAACAAGAGGGGCAAGCUGGCCGCACUGACCAAUUACCUGGAGGGAAGGCCCAAUCCAGACGCACAAGGAAGAGGGUUCUUGGUGUCUAACUUCCUGACGGAUCAGAGCCAGGACAGCUACUCCUACCUGAAGAGGGUGUCAUCUGAGAGACAUCUCUACAACGGCUUCAACCUCCUCACAGCUGAGUUCAAGGCCAAAGAAGACACUAUGUGUUACUAUGGAAACAGAGGCAACACCGAACCCAUCCAUCUAAAUCCAGCAGGAAUCUAUGGUUUGAGUAACUCCCUGUUGGAGACCCCGUGGAGGAAGCUGCAGCAUGGGAAGAGACUGUUCACCAGUGUAGUGAACCAGCCCUUGCCCUGUGACGGUCUGGUCCAGGACCUGCUCAACGUCCUCAACAACGAGGAGCUGAACACUCCUGACCCGGCUCAGGAGAGCCAGGGUGAAGGGUACAGCAGCCCCAUGCUGCGGGUCCUGUCCUCCGUGUGUGUUCGAUCCCCGCAUUAUGGCACAAGGACCAAUACCAUUAUCCUCAUAGACUCAUCAGGGAAUGUCACCUUCACAGAGCGCACCAUGCUCAACUGUGACAUCAGCCAAUGGAGCACAAGCUCUUUCCAGUUCAAACUUAAGGACUGAAGAUGGCUAUAUGGGAAUUACACUGUGCCUUUCUGCAUCCAUCCUCCCACAGCAAGCUCUGGCUACACCGAAGUGGAAUAAACAUUUUCCUUUUUCCAUUUAAAAUGGUGGUGGGAGAGAGUGAAAUUAUGGCACUUGUUUGGAAAGAGUUUGAUUUGCAUUUGUCAAGUAGUUGUCUUUGGAAAAUAUAUUUUAGCAUGGCUUAGACAUACAAAUGUGUGAAUUUAUCAAAUCAUACAUUAUGGGUGUUAUUUCAUCUUAAAUUAUAUCAAAGAACUUGCUAUUCUCAUUAAAAUAUUUUGAUUUGUGUACUUAAAAAGUGGUUUUAUUGCCAAAGGACAAAUGUAAUAUAACAAACUAAAAGACAUUUUUUACAUUUGACAUUGCAUCUAUUUACUCAGCACUGGAUUGCUGAGGAAGACGAGAACUAAAAGGUUGAUAAGUAAUUUCUGGCUUCGUGCCUCAGACUGCCAUCUUCUAGGCGACUUGGUUUGUAUCUCAAGAGUGUAAAAUGGUAACACUCAUAGAAGCAGCCAUCACCAUCCGUAUAAAAAACUGUAAAAAUGACAGUUUUGAUUUCCUAAAUGUUCAUCUCAGGUGUUAUAACCUUCAUUUACAUUUACAUUUAAGUCAUUUAGCAGACGCUCUUAUCCAGAGCGACUUACAAAUAGGUGCAUUCACCUUAUGAUAUCCAGUGGAACAACCACUUUACAAUAGUGCAUCUAAAUCUUUUAGGGGGGGGGGGGGUUAGAAGGAUUACUUUAUCCUAUCCUAGGUAUUCCUUAAAGAGGUGGGGUUUCAGGUGUCUCCGGAAGGUGGUGAUUGACUCCGCUGUCCUGGCGUCGUGAGGGAGCUUGUUCCACCAUUGGGGUGCCAGAGCAGCGAACAGUUUUGACUGGGCUGAGCGGGAACUGUGCUUCCUCAGAGGUAGGGGGGCCAGCAGGCCAGAGGUGGAUGAACGCAGUGCCCUUGUUUGGGUGUAGGGCCUGAUCAGAGCCUUUCCUUUGACAUAAUUAUGAAGGCAUAUUACGACAGCCUGCCUUGUACUAUAAUAAUUAUCAUUGCACCAGAUUUUGACCCAGGUUUGCUAGUUACAAGUAAAACACAGAGGAAAGCACUUGAAAUGUUUUUUCUAAAUGGUAAGCAAAGUGUUUUUUCUUUUUAUAUUUUCUGCCUUGUUCCACAUACUGCAUAGGAGAACAGAUUGCCUUGCUGUGAAAUAACUGAAAGGAUUCCUUUUGUCACUCACACCUUCAGUGUUCUGUGUUUUUUUUCCACUUUUUCUCCAUGUAUAACAGUCCGUUACUCUCACAAAUUGUAAUGACCGUUUCAAAUGUUGUGUGUUGAUGUGUACCAUUGAGGAUCCCAGUGGUUUUAUGUAACUGACCUCAGGUAUCCAUAGAAGUAUAGAAACCCCUGUUUAUCAUGUCACUGUUGUCUUGAUAUAAAUUGUGAAUAAAGGACUUUUUCAUCUGUA